AUGCCUUCAGUGACAAAGAAGAGUCCUGGAGCGCCAGGAGCAGGCAACACAACAACUGCUGCUGGAGCAGUUGGAGGAACAGCAGGAGCAGAUCCGCUGCAAGCCAAACAUCAUAAACCUACGCAAUCGUAUUCAUUCUUGAUCACGACAGCGAUCUUAGAAAGCCCCAACAAGCAAUUGACACUUAAUGAGAUUUACGAGUGGGUGAUGGAGCAUUAUCCAUGGUAUCGCACCGCUAUCAACGGCUGGAAGAAUUCUAUCCGACACAAUCUGUCCCUGAAUAAGGCUUUUAUGCGUGUACCCAGGCCACCAAGCGAACCAGGCAAAGGAUCGUAUUGGAAAUUAGAU